UUAGUUACACUGUCAAUUAGGCUAAAUUGGUGGCGAUAAAGAGAGGAAAUGUAGAAACGUACUCAUAUAUUGGAUCAAUACUAUAACUGACGAAUCCGUCUCAAACAGAAUCAACAAAGAUAGAUAUCGGAAAGAAGAUUGAUAAACGUGAUAGAUCAGAUGAACAUGGAUGCACAAAUGAGAACAUCAUCUGCAGACCACAAUGACUGGAGCCAACGACGUUUGAUGAAAAAUGUAUUGGUUGCUAGCUUGGCUUUCCUGUUCCUCUUCACAGCCUUCCAGGCACUAUCAAACCUACAGAGUAGCAUCAAUUGUGACGAUGGUCUCGGGCUGGCUUCUUUGAGUACCAUUUAUGUUUCACUGAUAUUAUCAUCAAUGUUCUUACCAUCAAUUGUUAUCCGCAUCCUUGGUCUCAAAUGGACUCUUGUUGCCAGUAUGUCAUGUUAUACCCUGUAUUCGGUUGCUAACUUUUGGCCCGGCUGGGGUACCCUUAUUCCGGCAUCUGCACUUGUCGGAUUCAGUGCUGCUCCAUUAUGGUCUGCAAAGUGUACAUACUUGACCACAUCUGGAAUAAAGUAUGGGAAAUUGGGUGGGGAGUCAAUUGAUGCUGUGGUAAACCGUUUCUUCGGUAUUUUCUUCUUGAUGUUUCAAUCGGCUCAGAUUUGGGGAAAUCUUAUUUCAUCGCUCGUGCUCCAACAGGGUCCAGACAAUGACUUCCGAAACGAUGGAACUCAAAUUUGUGGUGUUAACGACUGCCCAGAUACUGAAGGAAGUAAUAUCACCGAUUGCGGCGAUGACAUUGAAGACAAGUUAGUAAAUACAUUGAUGGGAAUCUAUACAGGCUGCGGCUUACUGGCGAUCUUUCUAAUAGUAGUGUUCCUUGACCCAAUGGAGCCAUCGCAACAAACACUAGAGGGUGGGAAAUGUGAUUUAUUCAUGGCAACGCUACGCUUAUUGAAAGAUAAACGCCUUUUGUUUUUGAUUCCGAUUACAAUAUACAGUGGCCUAGAACAAGCUUUUAUAGCCGGAGAUUUUACAAAGUCUUUUGUAACGUGCUCACGUGGUGUUGGAUGGGUCGGUUACGUAAUGAUCUGCUAUGGAGUGACUGAUUCUGUGUCUUCACUAUUAAGUGGUCGUGUUGCCAAGUACACUGGAAGAAUCCCGAUCUUCGUUUCCGGCGCCAUAGCUCAAGCGGUUAUCAUCAUUGUUUUCUUCACAUGGGUCCCAGAACAUGAAGACUUGGCAUUUCUGUUCGUGGUAGCAGCAGUGUGGGGGUUUGGUGAUGCUAUUUGGCAGACACAAAUAAAUGCAAUAUACGGUGUGUACUUCAAUGACAGACAGGAGGCAGCAUUUUCUAACUACCGCUUAUGGGAGUCAGUUGGGUUCGCUGCGUCAUUUGCAUAUAGCAACUUUCUGUGCGUGUCAACAAAACUUGCUAUCUUAGUAAGUUUUUUGGCGAUUGGAAUAACAUCGUAUUUGUUCAUCGAGAUCAAAGAAUCAAGAAAAGAACUAUAUAUUCCUACGACUCCUACAAAAAAUGACCCUGUGGGUAUUGAUGGAGCAGUUUUCUCUAUUAGCUCAAAGGAACAAUAAAAUAGCAACGAUUUCUGAAUUUUGAAUUACAUGAAAAUUUUGACCUUUAACCAUGGGGACUUUGUUUCUUUUUCGUGUACUUUCAUAUAGGAUUCUUAUAUCCAUAUCAUAACAUGCACCCUUAAUUCUAAGUCGUUACUCUGUUUACACUAAACAUCCAACCAAUAGAAAGUUCAAUAUUUUUAAAAUAUUAUUGGUCAUUAGCAUUGCAUCAUGGAAUAAUUUUGGGAAAAUAUAAAACAAUUGUUUUAAUUUCUGCUGAUUUCAUAUUAUAAAUGCAUUGUAGUUAAAAUUGCAAAUUAUUACUAUAAAUUAGUUCUAUUGAUUCUUUGUUAAAAAAUACAAUUAUAAAGAAUGUACGGUAUGUCAUCCAUUUGAACAUGCUAAAAACCCCUAUUAAUGGUCGACCAUUUUCACGUUUUUCGUUAGUGUCCCCUUAAUAGGGGACAUAUUUUUUUUGGUCCGGAAGGUGUCCCCUUAACAGGGGUUCUACUGUAAUGGCUUUAUACCUGUGAUACGGAAUGGAUGAUAUGACAUCAUCAUUCCACAUUAUAUGGAUAUGAUAUGACAUCAUCAUGCCACAUUAUAUGGAUAUGAUGUGACAUCAUCAUGCUUUACGCAAUACACAGUUUGUCGCAUACAACUUGAUAGGAUAGGUAGAGUUUUAUAAGCUUAUAUAACCGAGAAUUUGUUGCUUGUUUUUUCAGUGUAUGCUAUGUGUAAAUGUGUAAAUAGGUAUCAAAAUGGUACAGUUCGCCCUCCAAUUUCUGACCACAUUUGCGACCUGAAACAGUGGCGGAUCCAGAAAUUUGAAAUAGAUGGGCCCAGGGAGGGAUUCACAUGUUUUGGGUGUGUAUUUAUUCCGUUGUGGGGUUGAGGUGAGAAAAUUAUGAUUGUAGCACUUCUAGAUGACCGGAAAUAUCACUCUCAGACUUAAAAUUUGAAUAUAAUUUUCCUAUUUUUCUUUUUAUUUUAUUUUAAAAAAAAAUAGGGGGAGGGGGUCCUGUCCACAUUGGAGGUUUAGCUAAUUACUAGUUAAUAGAUUGAAGACUGUUAUUUUUGGUUCUUUGGAAAAGUGGUCUCGAAUUAGAGGGUUCUUUAGAGGGGUCCCGAAUGGAGGAUGUACUUCACCUGUAGGCUAUUAUACGUCUUCUUAUAUAAUGCCUACGUCUAGUGUUCGAUAUUGAUGAUUUUGGAAUUGUAAUAUAUUGUAAUCCUUGGAUGUUAAUUUUCCAUAUUAUACGGCCCAUUAGUACGUGUAAUUUACUGAAAAUUUUCUUUUUAUUAAAAUCUCAUUAAAACACGAA